AAGAAAAGCGGAAGACUCGGUGCGAACCCUCCAUGGAAAGCCUAUCCACUAACGGACAUUUAAAAACCGAGGAUAUGGCGCACGGUCUGGACAUUGAUCCAGAUUCGGCCCGCUUCUCCAUGGAGGACGUCCGAGUGGAGCUCCAGUGCGCCGACCUUUGGAGGCGUUUCCAUGACAUCGGCACGGAGAUGAUCGUCACCAAAGCGGGCAGGAGGAUGUUUCCUGUGGUGAGAGUGAAGGUCACAGGCCUGGACCCUCAUCAGCAGUACUUCAUCGCCAUGGACAUCAUACCUGUGGACAACAAGAGAUACAGGUACGUGUAUCGCAGCUCUGAGUGGACGGUGGCGGGGAUGGCAGACCCCCCCGCCCCACCCGCGAGUGAGCCUGCACCCCGACGCCCGGCCCCUGGGCACACCUGGAGCACGCAGGUGAUCAGCUUCCACAAGCUCAAACUCACCAACAACCUGCUGGACCAGCAGGGCCACGUGAGUCAGCCUAUUGUCCUGCACUCCAUGCAUAAGUAUCUUCCCCGUGUGCACGUGAUCAGGAAGAGCAUGGGCAGCCAGCUCUCCCCCACAGAACCGGUUCCAACCGGACCCGGUGUCAGGUCUUUCAGCUUCCCCCAGACCGUCUUCACCACCGUCACCGCCUACCAGAACCAGCAGAUCACACGGCUAAAAAUUGACCGAAACCCAUUUGCCAAGGGUUUCCGAGACUCGGGGAGAAACAGGACGGGUUUGGAGGCGGUAAUGGAGUCAUACGCAUUCUGUAGGUCUCCGGUUCGGACGCUCAGGUUUGAGGACUCCACCAGCAUGCCGAAGCAGCGAGGCGGCAGCACAGGCUCCUCCCCCUCCCCCUCUGGCCCCGCCCCCCACCUCGCCCCUGGGGGCUAUGGCACCCGCUGCAGGGACCGCCCUCUGUGUGGUGUGGGCCAAUCAGAGUAUUCUCCCUGUGCCUGGAGCCACGACCACGCCCCUAACCACACCCCUGACCACACCCUUCCAGACUACAGCUGUCUGACGGACAGGUCCUGCGCCCGGCAACAGACCGACUCCUACCCACAGCAGAGGACUUGCUCCUCCCUGGUUCCCACGGCGAUGCAGGCACCCUGCAUGGUCGGUACCGGCGCAGGCAGCAGUGUGGACGCCCGUGGCGGGAGGCAGCUCGGGUCCUUCCCUGACUCUCAGCUGCAGUGCACGAUGCAGGCGGGGGAGGGGCCAAACCCCUGUGGCUCCGCCCCUGCGGGUCACAUGGCCAGCGCGGGUCAGUGUGCCGGCUUCCCCCUGCACGGUCACUAUGGUUACGCUUUCUCCUCCCCGCUCUCGGCCAAUGGGGUCAAGCCAGCCUCCCCUCAGGCUCCGCCCCUCACCCCAUGUCCUGCCGCAGGAUUCGCUGAGCGGCAGGACACGCCCACGCACAGGACUGGCCGCAGUACCGGCAGUGCCCAGCAGGGGGCAGACUCCUGGAAGGCGGACGUGUCUCUGGUGGUGGGCGCGCGGCUGCAGGACGAGGGCAGCGUCAGAGCGCUCGUGCUGGCCGUGCAGCUGCCCGCGCGCAGGCUGUUCACCGUCAUCACGUGGGAGGACACGCUCGAAAAGAUCCACGAGCUGGGAAACCCAAAAGCCAAGAAGCCCAAGGAUGUCCCCAUGUUUCAUGAAGUUAUGGAGUCCGCAAAGGCGGUCCUGGACGAGGGGGAGGAGCUUCCCGCCCAUCUCCUGGGGAAAGUGGUGAAGUUCCAACUCCUGGUUGCCAAGGGCAACCACCUCCAGAGGAGGACCAUGGCAGGAGAGGAGAAGGUGAAGGGGAAGGCCAGGGCCGGCUCUUCCUCCAAGGAGAAGGGAGGGGCUGCCGCUAAGGCUGCUGGGAAGGCGGAGAAGGGGAAGAAGGCGUCCGAGCCGCCGCCCCCGGCCAAGGAGACCACACUGAAACGCCGAGGGGAGAGGGAGGAGACCAGCACACCCAUCGAUGAUGAGCCAGCUGAUGGGCCCCAGCUCUAUGUGCUGAUGGUGGGGUUCCUGCAGCCCCAGCUGGUGGCCGUGCUGGAUCUGCUGGGUGUGCGAGUGUCCAACAUCAUCCAGGUCUCAUCCCCUCACCCCAGCAUCCCGCCGGGGCCGCCCCAACAUCAGCCCCAACACGAGCCCCAACAUCAGCCCCAACACGAGCCCCAACAUCCGCCCCAACACGCCCCUGAGCUGGGGACCAGCCCCACCCCCCAGGACACAG